AUGCCUCUGGAGAGAAGUCUUGCCAGGCUGCUCAGGCUGGUGGUGCUGCUUUUGCUGUUUCAUCCUGUGGACUGGAGAGAACACACUAUGCUGUGCUCCAUGCUUGAUCCCCUCCCUAUUCCACAUGAGCAGUACCAGCCUGGGGACCUUCUCCUGGGUGGGGUGUCUUCUAUGAUCACAUACACUCUUCACACAUCGUCAUUCAGGGUGCAUCCUGCAGAGAAAGCGUAUGAGGAUCCACAUAUGGUAACAAAGUUCUACCAGCACAUCCUUGCCUUGUUGUUUGCCAUCCAUGAAAUCAACGAGUAUCCCAAGAUACUGCCCAACAUUACUCUUGGAUCCCACAUCUACGACAGCUACUAUGAUGUGAAGAUGACCUAUCGUACUACUCUGGACAUGCUCUUCAAAUCACAAAGAUUUGUCCCCAGCUACAAAUGUGACACCCAGAAAAACCUCAUAGCUGUCAUCGGGGGACUCGGAUCUGAGACUUCUUUCCAUAUGGAAGACCUCUUAAGUCUUUACAAGAUUCCACAGCUCACGUAUGGGUCAUUUGCCCCUGAGGAUGCCACAAAGUCUAAUACUUUUUACCGCAUGGUUCCCAAUGAAGACCAUCAGUACAUCAGGAUUGUCCAGUUGCUUCUCCAUUUUGGAUGGACCUGGGUUGGGCUGUUCGCCGUGGAUGAUGAAAGUGGAGAACGUUUUAUACAGGCCAUGGAACCAUUGCUCUCACAAAAUGAGAUCUGUUUGGCCCUUACAGUACCAGUCCCCAAACGAUUCCUUUGGAAUACCCUAAAUGACAUUUAUGAAAUUGCCUCAAAUAUUUAUGAAACUUUUCCAGAUACCAAAGCCAGUGCGCUUAUUUUCUAUGGAGAUUCCAUGGGAAUUGUAACAUUCAGCAUGUAUAUGCUUCUAGGAGAUCCUGGAAGUAAGGAAAGUGCUGCAUUAAAAAAAGUGUGGAUUAUGACAGUCCAGACUGAUUAUGUAUUAAUAGGCCAUCUAAAAUACUUUGAUUUUCAAUACUUCCAAGGUGCCAUUUCUUUCACAAUUCAUACCAUGGAGGUUCCAGGGUUCCAGAACUUUCUUCAGCACAUAAAACCUGACUCAACCCAAGGAGAUGGUUUUCUCCAGGACUUCUGGAAGCAAGUAUUUGACUGCCCACUCCUAAAUCCCCUGGAGCUCUUGAAGGAUGACAACGCAUGUACUGGAAAGGAAAAGCUAGAGAGCCUUCCGUAUCCCGUGUUUGAAAUGCACAUGACUGGCCACAGCUACAGUGUUUACAAUGCAGUCUAUGCUGUAGCACAUGCCCUUCAUGCCCUUCUCUCAUCAAGAUCCAAGCAUGGAGCAAUGGCAGGUGACAGAAGAUUUGAAUUUCAGCAUCUCCAGCCUUGGCAGCUGCACCGGAUUCUGCAAGGCAUUUCAUUUAAUAAUUCAGCAGGAGAAUUGAUAUAUUUUGAUGAGACCAGCGAGAGGAUAACUGGGUUCGAUAUCAUGAACCUAGUCACCUUCCCGAACAAGUCCUUUGGCAGUGUGAAAGUGGGAAGAGUAGACCCCAAUGCUCUCAAAGGAGAAGAAUUCAUCAUCAAUGAAGAUAUCAUUGUAUGGCAAGCAAGUUUUAACCAGGUGCUGCCUCUGUCUGUGUGCAAUGAUUACUGCCGUCCUGGUUAUCAGAAGAAGAAAAAGGAAGGAGAGAAAUUUUGCUGCUAUGAUUGUGCUCCAUGCCCAGAAGGGAAGAUAUCGAACCAGACGGAUAUGGAAGACUGCGUCAAAUGUCCAGAAGAUGAAUAUACAAACAAGGACCAAGAUGGAUGUCUCUCUAAAGCUACAACCUUCCUAUCCUUGGAAGAACCUUUAGGGAUCAGUUUGACUUCAAUAGCUGUUUCUCUGUCUCUAAUCACAGCUUUAGUGCUAGGAACUUUCAUUACCCACAGAAAUACCCCCCUGGUCAAAGCCAACAACCGGCAUAUCACCUACGGUCUACUCCUCUCCCUUCUGCUUUGUUUCCUUUGUUCUUUGCUGUUUAUCGGACAGCCUAUGAAAGUAACCUGCUUCCUCCGUCAAGCUGCUUUUGGCAUUGUCUUCUCCAUGGCUUUGUCAUGUGUGUUGGCCAAAACUAUCACGGUCGUCAUAGCUUUCAUGGCCACCAAACCAGGGUCCAGCAUGAGGAAGUGGGUAGGGAAAAGACUGGCCAGCUUCAUUGUCCUUUCCUGCUCCUUUCUUCAAGUAAGCAUUUGUAUGGUAUGGCUAGGAAUCUCUCCCCCUUUCCCAGAUUUUGACAUGCAGUCAUUGACGGAAGAGAUUGUAGCCUUCUGUAAUGAGGGGUCUGUUGUCAUGUUUUACAUUGUCCUGGGCUUUAUGGGAGUUCUUUCCAUCAUCAGCUUGAUUGUAGCCUUUCAAGCCAGGAAGCUUCCAGACACUUUUAAUGAAGCCAAGUUUAUCACUUUCAGCAUGGUGAUCUUUUGCAGCGUUUGGCUGUCUUUUUUACCAACCUACCUGAGCACCAAUGGGAAAUACAUGGUAGCCGUGGAGAUCUUCUCUAUCUUGGCCUCUAGUGCUGGAAUACUGGUCUGUAUAUUUUCUCCAAAGGUUUACAUUAUUGUCCUGAGGCCUGAGCUGAACACAAAAGAGGAGAUCAUUAGGAGAAAGGAUUAG